UUAUUCGCAUUUGCAAUGUAGAGUUAUUCUAAGACGGUCGCGUUAUUACUUCGAAUAAUAAAAUGAAUCAUUCAAAUACAUAUCAGUUAUUAUUAGUAAAGAUUUGUUUCGCAUCAAUUAUUUUUUCUAACCUAUUACAAGUGAAGGCAUACAAAAAUUUUAGACCGUACAAGAGAAGACAUGGUAACGGAACUUUGACUCCAAUCGAUAUCCGUACAAAAAAUUUGUUCAAAAUACUAGACGAUUUGCCACAAAAUGAACUUUUUCAUACAACAUCAUGCGAUGUUAUGGAACAAGAAUUGCCAGAUUUCAGAACACCAGAUCGACGCGUCAGUGAAGUUAAAUGUCUUGAACAUCUAUGGAGAAUGCGAUUUUACGAUCAACUGCUAUUAAAAAAAAUAAGAUGUAAAUCUGGAGUGGAAAAUGCAUACGUCAGUUUCUCGAUUUACAGGGGUAAAGACGUGUCAACUGGAAAAUUUGCUCAUACGGGAGCUAUCGGCUGGCAGUCAGUCAGGCAGGCCUGGAUAUUUUUGUGUGGUGCUGUGAUGAUAAGCGAGAGGUACUUUUUGACUGCCGCGCACUGCUCGACCUCACAUGACACUAGAGUUGCCGACCCCUCGCCAAAAAUAUUAAGACUCGGAGACAAAUAUAUUUUGGACUCGAAUGUAUACGGGAAAAAACCAACAGAUGUAUAUAUAAAGAAAAUCAUUGUACCAGAUAAUUACCAACCACCAUCUAAAUAUUAUGACAUAGCAUUAAUAGAGUUAGAAGACAUAAUUCCAUUCAAAGUAUUCACUAAUCCGUCUUGUGUUUGGCCGUACGAAGACGAAUUAUUUGGUAAAGGCUAUGAAUCUGGAUGGGGUAUCGUGGAAUCAGAUUCGAUUCAUCAACCAGAAUAUGAAAUAAACGACGUCGAAGUAAUAAAUACGAAUGGAUGCAAUGAGAAAUUAAACGAAAUAUUACACGAUUCAAUACAACUACCUCAUCAAAUUUGUGCAAAUUAUUCGAACGCCAAUGAUACGUGCAAGGGAGACUCGGGAAGUCCUCUAAUGAUGCCUAUAAUUAAUCCUUAUUAUUCAGACUAUACUAUUCACUACAUAGUGGGCAUACAGUCUACGAGUUGUUACACGCCUGACCACCCCAAUAUCUAUACAAAAGUGUCGAGCUUUGUCAGUUGGAUAGAAGAUAUUGUGUGGCCCGAAGACAAUUAUGUAAAGGAAAUUUUAUCUGAAAAAAAUUUCGCAAAAAUAUACGAAGGAUUAUAGAUUAUAACACUUA